GGUUUCGAGCAGCUCACGGCCAUGGGGUUCAUGCACUGAAGGUAGGCAGGCCGGCAGCAGGCCUUCGAGCACGAGGUCGGCUACAAGCUGAACACGGGCGGAAGAUUAUCUCAUGUCCACUAUCGCAAGAUCCAGAAUUCGUCCCUCAGACAAAUUGAGCUCGAAAAUUGCGUUGCGAGUCGGAAAAAACAUCGAGGAUGAAUCCGACGCAGACAGAUGCCCGUCUCCAUCGCAGUUAAGUGUGCAGUCGCUGCCCUGGAUCUUCGUGAACGCAUCCGGAUCGAGAUGGAGGAUCCGACUGCGGCAAAAUCUCAGCACGAGGCGUCCGACAGGGCCUCGCACUCGCGGGACGAGGCGAAGGGAGGCAGGUCAAGGUCCAAAGACGAGUCAGUGGCGGCUGGCACUGCGGCGUUGCUGGUCGUGUUCGUGUGCGGGUUGCUGCUGAUGCAGUGGAGGGUGUGGCCGAGCUCACGGCAGCAGGAGUUCGGUCACGGGUCGAUCCCUUCCCCCGACCGAGCACAGCCCACGAGCGAAUCCGAAACGGAGUCGAUUCUCGCUCGCCUGAGCGAGAAUGGCACAAGGGCUUGCCAUGACGAGCACACGAACCACACUUUGUUCUCCGGCCUGGAGUUUCCUUUAGAUGAGACGCCUUUGCGCUUGUCCACGAACACAUUGCACAGAUUGCUGCUGACAUCUUACAAUGCGGAGGGAAGGAGGAGGUGCGCGGGAGGCGACUUUUACGAGACGGAGCUGCAGAGCCAAUCGUGGAAGUCUCGGCCUCCGGUUCAAGAUUUCGGCAAUGGAUCCUACGGAGUGACGCUCAUGGUCGACUCGGCAUUCCAAGGGCUGUUCAGCUUCUCCGCCACCCUCCUCUUCGAUUGCUUCCAUGGCCUGGAGCUGAUGGAGCGCGAAUGGGACGUGAGGAUACAAAGCCCCCGUGUGAAGAUCUUGUUCUACGACGAAGCUCGGGGCGAGAAGAGUCCGAGUGACAGAAUUUCACGAGGAAUGGGAAGCUGCAGAUCCGAGCCUGGAAGCUUUUCUCGAAAGGAAUGGCGAGGAAGGUGGACGAGAGGAUGGAUCAACGAUUCGUGCUCGGCCGACGGGCAGGGCAGAUUUGCUUCCUGCGUCCCUCGGGACCACGACGCGUGCACGGAGCCUCGGUGCUCCGGGAGGGUGUCGAGGCUGGAGAGCAACUCGUGGGUCUACUCUGCGCACUGUGGCUUCCGCAUCUUCGAAACGCAGGAAGCGUGGGACUGCGUGAGCGGCAAGUGGUUGCUCUUCUGGGGCGACUCCAAUUUCCAAGACACCAUCCGCAACCUGAUGCUCUUCGUGCUCGGAGUGCCCGUCCCCUACUGGAGCACCUUGCCGGACUUCCAGCUGCCGAGACAGUUCGAGGAAUGGUUCGUGAACCCCGGCAGACCUGACCAAGCUCUUCACAUCAGCAUGAUAUUCAAUGGCCACUACAAUGUGUACGACGGUGACCUCGGCCUCGACUCCCUGCAGAAUCCUGACUACAGGGAGUGGAUCAUCCGGCAUUUCACGGGCGAGGGAGCCACUCCAGACACUGUGAUCAUGAACUCAGGCCUCCAUGACGGCAAUCACUUCAGAACCGUCGGGGACUUUGUGGGGGCGGUGGAUCGGGCAAUCUCCUUCUGGCAGAUGGUCCUGGACAUUCCUCAAACGAAGAGAAGUAACCUCAUUUACAGAACGACAGUGGCACCUGCGGGCGAGUCGAGGGGCAUGCAGUCUAAUCCUCACAAAAUGGAGAUCUUCAACAAGGUACUGGUGGAGAGACUCCAGGCAGCCAUGCCCUCGACUCAAAUUGUGGAUGCGUUUGACAUGACUUUCCCUUUCCACUUCGACAACAACUACAGCGAUGGUGGUCACUAUGGAAGAGCUCCAAAUGUCAAUAAAUGGCCGUGGUUCGGCCAGCCUCACCACUACUUUGUGGACCUCAUGUUAGCCCAUGUACUCCUCAACGCUAUCUGUCCCGUCUAAAGACAUUCACCUGUGCGUGUGCGGCACAAAAAUGACCCACAUUCCGUCAUUCAUUCUGGUGGAAGGAAGGAAAUCCUUGAAGGACAAGGAAGGCGUUUCGGGGUAAAAUCGCCGAUGCUUGGCCAUAAAAAGAGGCCGUCUUUGAAGUGAUCAGAUGGUACGAACAGAUAUCAACAAAUACUCCAUGCUGGAAGUAUAAAUCAGGUAUAUUCAAGGACUCAUCCGAAGGUGAGCCAUAGGCAACUGUAAAGAGCAGAGUUGAGCAAUAACCAUGAAGGUGAGCUGCGAAUCGUUACAAGCGGGAUGAUUCUCGCACAUUUGUCUCUCGUGUUUCGACAGUCUUAACAUUCCUGUGAUGUGAAACAUGUUCUGUACGCAAGAAAAGUCCACGGAUGUCGUCACAUCCUGCCAGUAGAGAAAUCAGACACGGUGGCAC